AUGAAUGCUUUAUCAUGGAUUGGUAGUCUUUGGUUAGCAAUGGCUGUGAUCUUGGGUCCUGUUUAUGGUUAUGUAGCUUAUAAGAUAGGUUAUCGAUGGAUUCUUAUUGGUGCUGUACUUUGUAAUACAAUUGCAUUGAUGAUGGCUAGUAUAGCUAAUGAGAUUUGGCAAUUGAUGUUAACCCAAGGAGUUUUAGCUGGAUUUGGUGCUUCUUUGGCAUGGUUUCCAUGUAUUAGUGCUCCACAACAAUAUUUUACUAAACGACGUGGUUUUGCUGUAGGUGUAGCUAUUUCUGGUAGUGGAUUCGGUGGACUUGUCAUGUCCAACAUUGUUGAAGCCAUCAAUUCUACUUUAGGUAUUCGUUGGUCUUUACGUGUUGUUGGUUUUAUCAAUUUGGCUUUACUUUCAUUUGCUGCAUGUGUGGUUCGUCCUUUGAAUCCUCCUCCUCCUUGUAAAUUCUCUCAAUCAUUCAACUUGAAACCAUUUCAAAAUGUUCAAUUCUGUCUCUUAUUUUGUAUUCAACUUAUUGGGAAUUUUGCAUUUAAUGUACCUUCAAGUUAUUUACCUUCAUAUGCGGAUCAUCUUCAUUUGGAUCGAUGGAUUCGUAGCAACUUAUCAGCUAUUUUAUCUGGAGUGAUGAUUAUUGGCAAGAUUGGUAGUGGAACACUUAGUGAUUAUAUUGGUCGAGCCAACAUGUGUACAAUUUGUAUUAUGAUGACGGGUGUGAUGUGUUUAGUACUUUGGUUACCAGCAACGAAUUCAGCAGAAAUUUGGGCAUUUGCAGCAACAUUUGGACUUUUUGGAGGUGGUUAUAUGGUGAUGGUACCAGCCGUAUUAGCUCAAUGUGUCGGUAUGGAUAUGAUUGAAGCUAGUAAUGGUCUCUUAUUUUUUGCUUGGUUCUUUGGUGGUCUCUUUGGUUCUCCUAUUUGUGCUGCGUUGAUCGAUAGCGAAAGUGGAAACCCGACUUAUUCUCAUGCUAUUAUCUUUGGUGGUGUAUUGAUGGUAUUUGCUGGUUGUUUGGCUUGGGCUGUUCGUGUACUUCGUGCCGGUUGGAAUCCAUUUAUCAAAGCUUAG